AUGGAAAUAGCCAGUGUGGCGGAGUAUUUCGACAAGCUUGAUCGGUUAAUCGACACAGCGACUUGGACAAGCGCAACAGAUGCUGCAAAAUUGUUAGCAAUCAACGAUGACCAUAGCAGUUUGCCAUUUUUACAUGUAGGUUUCACCUUUAUGGAAUCUUUUGUUUUGUUUAUAUUUUGCUUUAUCUUCCUCAAAAUCAAAAGACGGGGCAAAACGAGUAUUUUCGUUCAGAUAGAAGGUUACGGGUCGAGAAAAAACCGUUCUUUCAUCGAUGACGAAGCUUUUGAUCAAGUUGCUUGUCUUCACCUUCAAGUGAUUUAUCACAUCCAUGUCACUCAGAACUAUGAAGCUGCUUAUACCACGCAUACUCAUAUUAUGCAAACCUUCGUCAAAGAGAUACUGCAAAAGAAGAAGGAAGUGAACUGGUUUAUGCCAAUGUUCUACCAAUUCUGCUCAGAUCUCCGCAAUGUAGCCAAAAUGGCAGACGAGCUUACUGAAAAGGAUGAUGAGGUUGAAAGCGUUUCUUCGUACUACGAACAAUCUGCCAACUACAUCAUGGAAGCGUAUAGAGCUUGUACGUCGGAUGUAAGGGCAGACCCUAGCACAACGAAGAAAAUUGCCAUUUUGAACAUGACCAAUCAGUUGUUUCGGAUAUACUUCAAGGUCGUUUUGAUAACCAGCGAUAUUGACUCCAGUUAUACAAACGCUAAUCUGUUUCAGAUUAACAAGCUAAACCUUCUGAAGCCGCUUAUCCGCGCUAUCGACAAUUCAGGAGCGCUCUAUCAGUCAUUCUCCAUGGCUGAUAAAGUCACGUACAAUUAUUUCCUUGGUCGGAAAGCGAUGUUUGAUGCAGAUUUGCCAUUAGCUGAAAAAUCUCUUCUAUAUGCAUUUCGCAAUUGUCCAGCCGAAUGCCUUUCUAAUAAGAGGCUGAUCUUGAUUUAUUUGAUACCUGUGAAGAUGUUCCUUGGUCACAUGCCAACUGUCGAAUUGUUGAAGAAGUACCAACUAGAGGAGUUCCACGAUGUCGUGGAGGCAGUGAAAGAAGGUAAUCUAGCGAAGCUGGAUCAAGCUUUGGAGGCUAACGAGCAUUUUUUCAUUCAAUGUGGUAUUUUCUUGAUGCUGGAGAAGCUGCGAGCGAUUACUUUUAGAACUUUGUUCAAAAGAAUGUGAGU